AUGAAGAAACUCAGAAAAACCCAAGCCAACAAACUGGACGAGUUCAUCGAAGAUCACCUCCUGCCACACAAGGAGUUCCGAAAGCAGGUCAAUGAAGCCAUUGACAUCAUCUGCACUUUCCUGAAGGAGAGGUGUUUCCGAUGUGCCCCCCACCGAGUUCAAGUGUCCAAAGUUGUGAAGGGCGGCUCCUCAGGCAAAGGCACGACCCUCAAGGACCUCUCAGAUGCUGACCUCGUUGUCUUCCUCACCAAUUUCACAAGUUUUCAGGAGAACUUCAAGCACCGAGUAAGAUUCAUCAAGGAAAUUAGGAGACAGUUAGAAGCCUGUCAAGAAGAGGAAACAUUUGAAGUGGAGUUUAAGGUCCAGAAGCGGCGAAGGAGGAGGUUGUGUGCUCUCAGCUUCGUGCUCAGGUCCCCCCAAUUCUGCCAAGGGGUAAAGUCUGAUGUCCUGCCCACCUUUGAUGCCCUGGCUAAGCACUCCCAGCCACAAGGUCAGGUGACUGAAGAUUACAAACCUGACCCUCAAAUCUACGUCCAGCUCAUCCAGGAGUGCGAGAAACUGGGGAAGGAAGGCGAGUUCUCCCCCUGCUUCACGGAGCUGCAGCGAGCCUUCCUGAAGGGGCGUCCAGCCAAGCUGAAGAGCCUCAUCCGCCUGGUGAAGCACUGGCACCUGGUGUUAGUCCUGAAGCAUCAGGACCUCUGCAUCUACUGGAAAAAGUAUUAUGACUUUGAAAACCCUACUAUUAGACAAGUCCUGAGAGGACAACUUGCAAAACGCAGGCCUGUGAUUCUGGACCAGGCUGACCCGACUGGAAAUAUGGCUGGUGAAGAGCCACAGAGGUGGCAGCUGCUGGCACAGGAGGUUAGAGUCUGUCUGAGGUACUCGUGCUGCAAGAACUUGGAUGGGACUCCAGUGAGCACCUGGGAUGUGCCCGUGACACCUCCUGAUUCCUAG